CGCAUAACCUCAGGCUGCUCCAAGUGGACUGCCCAAUCAUUUUCGAUUAAAAGCAUCGGCUAUUCGGCAAGAGACUAUUAUCUUCAUUUGCAGUGUCUGUGUUUGUGAGAGAUGCCGAGUAUGGGGGGAGUGUCUGCUGUCACUGUUCUCCGGUGCACGCGCGCUCUGUCGGACUCUCGCUGGAAGUUUGAGCGUCUCGAGCGCUCCACGGAAUUAACGGCAGCAGCACGAGCGCGUUAAGCUGCGCGGGGCCGCGAGCGAUUGUCCACCAUCUCACCAGGAACAUGAACAUGGCACUGAACAGGUCGCCCUCUGCCACGGAAAAUUGGAACGGGGCUCCCGAGCGCAUGCGCGUUACCGCUGUGAAGAGCGAGUCCUUCUCAAUACAAAGCGAGAAACUCCGUUGUCUUGCCCGUGAUAUCUCUGAAUUGGGCCAGCAGGGCACCAGCAGCAGUGGGGACCACGAUGCCAACGACAUUGACGAGGACACGGAGGAGCCCGGCCCCGGUCCAGGAGGAGGGUUGUUUUUUGCAGAUGGUUGUAGAAGAGUGGACUAUGUUCUUGUCUAUCACUGCAAGAGACGUCAAUCACAACACCACCGCUCUGUUGUCUCGAAUGGUAACGUGCCGUCCCAAAGCCCCACCCCAUCGCGCAGGAGUACAAAGGGUGAUAUUUCGGAAGCGGUGCUGGAGGCGGGGCUCGGGAUGGAACCUGGCGACGCACUGAAAGAUAAAAUCAGGGAGGAGUUUGAGAGAGGACUUCAGGAGGAAGGCUUGGAGAUUGAACGUGACAAAGAGAUGAGGACAGUCCGGUUCACACGUCUGCACGUUCCCUGGUCUGUUCUCAGUCGUGAGGCUGAACUUCUUAAGAUCAGAGUGCCCACUAAAAAGACGUAUCAGCUGAAAGAGAAGACGGGGCUGGUGGGCGUAAUAAGCUCAUUUUGGGCGAAGAUCAAUCAACCGUUCCAGCCGGGUGUACCGGAGCCCCAAAACCCACGCACACGUGUCCUGUCCCAGCCGUUCAGCAGAGACAAGCUUCAUCUAUUUGAAAUAAAAUCAAAAAACAGCUUGUUCAGCAAUGCAAUACGAGGUCGAAUUGUUUAUGAAAUUCUGAGGCGCACGGCCUGUACACAGACCUGUCAAACUAUGGGCAUUUCGUCAUUGUUAGCUAAAGGGGUCUAUGACUCUGCCUUUCCUCUGCAUGAUGGAGACUUUGACAGCUCAGAUGACAGAGAGCAUCGCAACGACAGACAGUUGUUGCAUGAAGAAUGGGCCAAUUAUGGAGUUUUCUUCAAAUACCAACCCAUGGAUCUUAUCAGGAAGUAUUUCGGAGAGAAGAUAAGUCUGUAUUUUGCCUGGUUGGGAGUGUACACACAGCUGCUGAUUCCAGCCUCGGCUUUAGGAGUCGCUGUAUUCCUGUACGGCUGCUUCACUGUAGACACCAAUGUGCCCAGUCAAGAGAUGUGCGAUGAGCGUCUUAAUUUCACCAUGUGUCCUCUGUGUGAUCGUGUGUGUGAUUACUGGCAGCUGAGCAGUAUCUGCAGUACUGCGCGUGCCAGUUAUCUGUUUGAUAACCACGCCACUGUGGGCUUCGCCAUCUUUAUGUCCCUCUGGGCGGCAGUGUUUCUGGAACAUUGGAAGAGGAGACAGCGAUGUCUACAGCACAGCUGGGAUCUGACAGGCAUGGAAGACGAGGAGAAUGAGCUGCGUCCAGCAUAUGAGGACUUUCUUCAGAAGAAACAGCAGAAGGCAAUGAAUAAGAAGAAGAAGAAGAAGGAAGAGCCGGAUGCAGGAACAGAUGACAAAGGCCGAGAGAAGCUACUGUCUGCCAAAGGAGGGCAGCUACCGCUCGCCUCCGAGUCUCUGUCAUGGACGGAUCGACUACCAGGAUACUGCAUCAACAUAUCCUCUAUCCUCCUUAUGGUUGGGGUCACAUUCUCUGCCGUAUCUGGAGUGAUUCUCUACCGAAUCAUUGUUUUUGCCGUUAUGUCAAUGAACCCCGACCAUGAGGCCAAGGCCAACGUGCGUGUUACUGUGACAACCACUGCUGUCAUCAUCAACCUGCUGGUGGUUCUUGUACUGGAUGAGAUCUAUGGAGCUAUAGCGGCCUGGAUUACCGAGCUGGAGAUUCCAAAGACUGAAUCGACGUUUGAAGAGCAUGUGAUUCUGAAAGCUUUUCUGCUGAAGAGCAUGAAUGCGUUUGCACCGGUCUUCUAUGUGGCCUUCUUUAAGGGCAGGUUUGCUGGUCGCCCGGGUGACUAUGUUUAUGUCUUUAAGGAUUUCCGGAUGGAAGAGUGUUCUCCAGGUGGCUGUCUUAUUGAAGUGUGUAUUCAGCUGGGCAUCAUUAUGCUGGGGAAGCAGCUUAUUCAAAAUAAUGUGUUUGAAAUUGCCAUCCCGAAGCUGAAGAAGAUGUAUCGCGCAUAUAAGGAGGAGAAGGAAGGGGCGGAAGAUGAAGACGACAAAGAUUCCAAACGAGAGCCGCAGCGCUGGGAUUUGGACUACGAUCUGGAGCCAUACGAGGGUCUGAGCCCAGAAUACAUGGAGAUGGUUAUUCAGUAUGGAUUUGUCACGCUCUUUGUGGCUUCCUUCCCAUUGGCACCAGUCUUCGCUCUGCUUAACAAUGUCAUUGAAAUCCGCCUUGAUGCUGCGAAAUUUGCUACUGAAAUACGCCGACCUGAUGCUGUCAGUGCUAAAGAGAUUGGCAUAUGGUACAACAUCUUGAGUGGAAUCAGCAAGUUUGCAGUCAUUACAAAUGCGUUUGUGAUCUCCUUUACAUCGGAGUUCAUUCCUCGAAUGGUGUAUCAGUAUUUGUACAGUGAGACAGGCACCAUGCAUGGCUUUACCAACCAUACACUGGCUUAUUUCAACACAAGCAAUUUUAAACCUGGUACCUCACCGCAUGACACCGACUUUGACAGACAACUCCGUCUUUGCAGGUACAAAGAAUAUCGAGAUCCCCCCUGGUCACCUGAGUCUUACCAGCUCUCUAAACAAUACUGGUCUGUGCUUGCUGCACGUCUGGCAUUUGUCAUUUUUUUCCAGAAUUUGGCUAUGUUCCUCAGUAUGCUGGUGGCAUGGUUGAUCCCAAACGUGCCUCGUUCUCUGAAGGAGCAGCUGAAGAGAGAGAAAGCACUCCUGUUAGAUCUUUUACUCACCGAGGAGAUGGACAAGCAGUGCACCAACUCACACCCAUUAACGACAACCAACAUUGAGGUUUUCGUCAAGAGUCUAGAGGAGGAACCACCAGAGGAGCCACCUGUUUUCAGUAGGGUAGAGCUGAGCCAACCAGACGAAGAGCUGAAAGAACUUUGGGUAUCCAAUGGAGAGGAGGAAGAGCCUGAGGAACAACCAGAAGAGGAACCUAUUGCGUCCACUAGUGAACUCCUUGAUGAUAAACCUCAACCUUCUAUCUGUGAGACUCUCAAUACAACUACAGAUUCCCUUUCUGAGACAGCUUGUCAUGUUGCAUCCACCACACCUUCAACACCUGCAGAUCAUGGCACAAAAUGUUCAAACUCAUCAGUUAAUUUAGCCAAAACAGGCUCACUAGCCCGUUUUUGGCAGUUUGACUUGAACGGACCUCCACCUCAAGACCCUAGUUCCAAGGCUGAGAGCCGUUGUCAAACCCUUCCAGCAAGGCACAUUGGACCUGAGCCUGAGGAAAGUGCAACCAGAACCAGCCAAUCUACCACAUUCACACACCUUGACCAAAAGGUUCCUCCUUCUCCUAGCGAGCUCACAGGGAAUGUCCCGAGAGCACUGUCUACAUCCAAGCCCUCUGGAAGCCAGACGUCCAUGUUGUCCAAAAUGGAUUCCACUGGAAUUGAGUUGGCAGUACUGCCUCACCCACCAUCAAAACCAAAGCUUGCAGGCAGCCUUUCAACAGCCUUGCCACGUCCUCCUUCCAAACCAGAGCUUGUGGGUAACCAGUCAACGGGAUUACCACGACCUCCCUCCAAACCAGAGCUGAUGGGAAGCACAAUGAAAGAGCUUCCGCCCCAUGAUCCAGGCUUCAAAGCCAAGGGCAGAUGUCAGACUCUUCCUCUGAGGCAAAGAGACCCUGAGACUGUCGGGGAGACAUCAGUCAGACCUAGUCACUCGACCACCUUUACACACCUCAGUCAACAGAUCCCACCUUCACCCAGCGAUCUCAAACGUAACACCCCUGUAUGAGUGGAGCAACACUCCACAUAUUCAGCACCUUGCAUCCAAUGACCACUCUUAGUGCCAGGCAAACCAUGCCAUCAGCAACUCAUCUGUGACUCAUCAAUUUCUCAUUGAUGAAUGAAUGAUCAUCAAUGGUAAUUCUGGAUGUAGGCCAAUUGUUGAUAGCUUAGUGGAGGUUCUAUUGGUAGCUAACCCAGUCAGCGAUAUAUCUCAAGUUGUGAUUUGCCAUUGCGAUAACUCUGCACUACUCUGGAUUUGGAGGACUUGAUUGAAGGACCAAGUGCAGCCAAGUACAGCUUGUGCAUACUGGGUACUUUAAUAUAACUUUGGAGCCAUAUGAUGGGGCUCAGUGAGUCUUAAACAUUGUCUUAUACUGUGUCUUGUCAUUCUCUGUUUCACAUACAAACACCUGUACAGACACAUGCACAUGCACACACACACACCAAAUCACAUUACCCUUGCCUCUUGAACCAGAACAGGUGAGGAGAGAGAGGCUUAGGAAUAUGGACCAAAGGGCUUUGCAGCCCAUAAUGAUUUGUUACUCAGCAAGUGGAACCUUCAUUUUGUGGUGUUGUUCUCAUGAUUUUUGUUCCAUGUAUUUAUGAUGAAAAAUAACUAAAUGUGGACUUAAUAACAAUAACAAUAUUGGUGGCAAUAUACAUAGCAUGUAACUUGUCGGUUAGCAAGCUCUUCAUUUUUACGUUCUUCAUAAUGUGAUGUUGAAGUGGAUUCAUGGACAUGCAAAGCCAAUUAUUUAUCGAUAAGUGAACAUUUGUUAAUACCAGCUUGCAAAUAGAUGGCUAUGCUGUAGUAUUUUACAUAAAUUCAAUUUAACACUAUGCUAGCGCAGCUCAAGCUUAUGUAAAGCAUGCUAUAUUCACUGUGAAGGUGCUUUCAGGGAUCAUGAUUUAGACACAUAUAGAAACAUCACUUCUAAUAACCACCAUCCCCAUUAAAGUGGCACAAGAGGUAUGUAUAGACUGACCAUGUACACACUGCAAAAUUUGGGGAGUGACAACCAUAUUUAUUGGCAGAAGUGGGUACAUAUGUGCGUACGGAAUACAUGUGCCUCUCUUACAUACUAUCAGCUUGUGAUUGUUGACAUAGUGAUAAACAUGGCAACAUUUUGUUUUAACUUAUUUGCUAAUUUGACCAAAUUAAUCUUAAAGACCUAAGAUGUAUUAAUGUUUGAAAUUGUCAUCAUCAGAGGUGCCAUACUUUGUUUAUGUUCGUUUUUGGGCUAGUUCACCAAGCACUUUCAUUUAUUGGUGAACUAUUCUUUUAAGCACUCAGAAUAGGAUUGAUAACCAUAUUUACUUAGUGUGUACAUGGCAACAGUGUAUGUUUAGUGGCAGAUGACUAUGAUAUGCAUUGUGCUACCAGGGAUAAUAACUAAUAGCUAAUAACAGCUGUAAACCAGCAUUCACUUCCAUGAAUCCAGAAUGUUCACUUGUUAUUCCAUGUUAUUUCUAGGUCUUGAGAAACUCUGACAAUAUUUUGAUAAAAUAAUGGAGAAAAAAAAUAUUACUGUUCAUAAUAAAAAGUGGAAAGGGAGGGGUCUCUGUUUUCUUUAUUUAGCAUCCCCAAUUUCACCUGGACAGAUCCAUUUUCUGUUGUAAACUUAAGGAACAACCAAUAACUAGCCUAUAUCCAUGUUUUUUUUUAACCUUUUUGUUUAUUAUAGCACUGUAUUUAAUUCCUGCUUGACAUCUUGAUUGACACUUUGGAUUCUGUACUGUUGAUUACCACUAGAUGGAGAAUGAACACCAAAACUAGACAGACGGUGAGGGUAGAUACACUAGUGAGACAAAAGACAGCACUAGG